CUCCUUCCUGUGCGCGUGUGUGGGAAGCUUUUGAUGAGGAGACGAGUUGUCACUGCUGCAGGCGAUACAAACACACACACACACGCACACACACAGCACGAUGGAUGGUGACUCCUCCCCCAAUUGUCACACAAUGACAUCAACACACGCACAUUCGCGCACAGCGUGUAGGAUGUGUUGAGAGUGGGCCGGCCGCGGCGACGGAGCUGAAAGAAGAAAAGAAGAAAGGACAAGAAGGCAGGAUGGAGUCCGAAGAAGAAAAUGCGGUCAAGUCAUUUCUGCUCAUCCUUCUCCUCGCUGUCUCCUUCACGCCGGUGGGUCCGGCGGCCCCCCAGGGUCGGGAGGGUCCCGAUGGGGUUCAGGAGCGGGACGGCUGGCAGGUGUUCAGCUCGGCCCAGGACUCGGGAGGCGGUUGCGUGUGCACGGUGCUCACCCCCCUCAAUGGUGCCUGCUCCCGAGACGCUCGCAGCAAGCAAGUGCGACACCUGCUGGACAAGGUGCAGAACAUGAGCCGCUCCAUCGAGGACUUGGAGCGGCGCAGCCGCCAGGACAUCGGCGUGGUGGAGAAGAUGGAGGUGGAGCUAAGAGGCCUGGAGAACAAGUUCAAAGAGGUGGAGGCGGGGCAUGAGAGCAGCAGGGCCAGGCACUACCAGGCCAUGAAGGCCAAGAUGGAGGAGCUGCGUCCGCUCAUCCCGCUGUUGGAAGCCUACAAGGCCGACGCCCUUUUGGUGCGACGCUUUAAGGAGGAGGCAGCCAACGUGACGGCGACGCUGGCCGAGUUGCAUGACCGGGUGGCCCCGGUGGACUACCAGGACCUGAACGCUCGCGUGGCUGGCCUGGAGGACCGCCUGCGCGCCUGCAUGCAGCGGCUCGCUUGUGGGAAGCUAACUAGAAUAGCUGAGCCCGUCACCAUUAAGACCUCCGGAUCCAGGUUCGGCUCCUGGAUGACGGACCCACUGGCGCCCGCCGGAGACAACAGAGUGUGGUACAUGGACGGCUAUCACAACAACCGCUUCGUCCGUGAGUACGAGUCGCUGUCGGCCUUCAUGACAACGGACAACUUCACGUCGCACCGCCUGCCUCACCCAUGGUCCGGGACGGGUCAGGUGGUCCUGAACGGCUCGCUGUACUUCAACAAGUUCCAGAGUCACACGCUGAUCAAGUUCGACCUGAAGUCGUCGCUCAUCAGCCGCUCUCGCCAGCUGGACUUUGCCGGCUACAACAACAUGUACCACUACUCGUGGGGUGGCCACUCCGACAUCGACCUGAUGGUGGACGAGGGCGGUCUGUGGGCCGUCUACGCCACCAAUCAGAACGCCGGCAACAUCGUGCUGAGCCAGCUGGACCCUGAAAGCCUCCGUGUGGUACGCAGCUGGACCACCAACCACCCCAAACGCAGUGCCGGCGAGGCCUUCAUGGUCUGCGGCACGCUCUACGUCACCAACGGCUACUCGGGCGCCACCAAGGUCUAUUACGCCUUCUCCACCAACUCGUCCACGUACGAGUACAUCGACGUGCCCCUUGCUAACACCUACGGCCACAUCUCCAUGCUGGACUACAACCCGCGCGACAGGGCGCUCUAUGCCUGGAACAACGGCCGACAGCUCCUCUACAAUGUCACGCUUUACCACAUCAUACAGUGACAGUGUCAGGAGGCUUCAUCGGAACAUCGUCAAAUCGUCUUGUCCCGUCAUUACAUUAUGGUACGGCCACGACGUUGUGACGUUGCAUCGUUACGGCGUCACGACAU